CGGAGCGCCGGGUUACAAACUAGGCGGUUCGGGAAUUGUACUGUUGCGCCAGCUGGUGCAUUUGUGCCGUCACAUUAGGCACCAUAUCGUUACCAACACACGGCGGUUAUAGGCACUGGUCCUGCCGAAUCUGAUGACGUAGAAAUUGCAUUUAUUCCUGCCAAUAUCACUUCGUAAGAUUCGGGUUGCCUCUUGUUCCCCCUCCGUGCGCGCCUGUUCUGCUUCCCACUUGUCUACCGGGCAUUGUUAAUUCUGUCUUUGUGUACUGUAUGUAUGAGCGACCGGGCAGUGAAGAGGAUGAUGUAGUCUGCCCUGGAAAAAAACCAGCGCACAGCUGAUUGGAAGCGGAAGUGCACAGUGCCGUCUGUGAUUAAUGCAACCUUUACUGUUAUGCAUACAUCUUGGCCCAUUCGCCGUUGAGCUGGCCUUUGAACUGCACGGUUUUGUUAGGGGGGAGAAAUGAUUUCUUCUUCCCUAUUACUUUGACGUCGGCAAUAUUUUUCUAAUCCUCUGCAUCGUGCCGCCUGAUGAAGACGCACUCUGUCAAUUGCCCUCUUCGUAUUGUGGGCACCGUCGAUAUACUUAAAGUCCAUGUACUGCGCCUCCUUGUACCGGAAUAUGCUGUUUAUUAUUGGCUGUUUAUUAUUGGAGUAAUUAUGGGUAUAUACUGUCGAUUGCCGACAUGGCAUUAUGUCUGUUUGAAGUUUCAUCAAACUGUUUAUACAAAAGGCUGUUGGGCCCCGGCGAUGAUAUUAUCAUAGAGUGCUGAUGAUGUGCCCAGUGCAUAUGAUGCACCACAGCGGAACUAACCAUAAUCAUUCCGGCAAAUGCAGGCUAAGGAAAAAGUCACUCAAUCGGAUGUCAUCAUCAUUGAAGAAUUAACGACCGUCGAUUUCCCGUCAAAAAUGUACAUGUGUCUAGUAUUAGCCAGCGAAUUGUCAUCUCUAACUAUAAUGUGCUGCCAUUGUAUCCCCUUCGAGUGGUUAGCAUCUCUAUGUGCCAGCUCUAUGCAAUAUACGGCCGGGAAUGCCAGAUAGCUAUAGCGCGCGGGACCUUUUAUGAAUUCUGCUGCUGCUGUACAUAACACGAAUAAUACACUUCAGACCGGUCCCAGGCCAGCGUCCUUCUCCGACGGCGGAUGUCGCUGCUUUAGGGCAAUCUGGCCGAAUUAUAAACGAAAAUCUAAGCUAAAAAGACAGCUGCAAUUGCCCGUGACGUCACGGCUGCAGACCCGGCGAAUAUAUACGUUACGUUGUGUGGCUGGGUGCGCGCAUUAGCACUGCCGCGCAUUACACACAGCGUAUACACUUGUGACAAGUGACUGGGCAUUAGCAGCGCGUUGGGCUCCGUUAUCCCCCCGAAAUUUGGCCCUACAACAACGCUCUCUUCGCGGUGGUGUACGUGUGCAGUGCGCCCGCACGAUGCAAACUCCUCGGUGUAAUUACUAUAAUGCGGCUCUUCAUUAACCCGAUCGAAGCCUAUUUGUGGCCGAGGAGCCUAUUGUGUAAGCUUAGGAGGCAGAUAGCGAGCUGGCUGCCGUUGGUGGCCAUAUAAUCUUACUCAAACACUCUUUGUGUGUGUGUGACAGUGUGGUGCACUGCGCGUGUAUUUGUUUCCUUCGCCAAGCGACGGUCGACGGGAGAUGGCAAGCGUUGACGAAGGGAGUUAUUGGAUUAGAAGUGCCAUGGCGGUACUAUCAACCAUUUGGCUAAUCAGCCAGAAUCACAGUAAUAUGUGGCUGAUAGACGCUGCUACCGUGCAGCAGCUGGCAACGGAGAACAACACAAGUCGAGACGCCGUUCGGGUCAUGUCCGCCGCAUCGGUAUCAGCAUCAUCCGCCAAGAGCCUUCCAUUUCAUUCACUGCCUCUUAUGCUGGCCAUGUCCUUAUUUAUUAACAGCUCCACUUCGCCAACCACUUCAGGUAUCGCCGGCGCUGAGCCCAGUCCGCUGCCACCUGGACAUGUUGGCCCCGGAAGUGUGAGCGCUACGGAUGAUCCUCCACCCAAAGUAUCCGUCACCAAACUACUCAAUGAUCUACUUGCCGAUUAUGACAAACGAGUGCGACCAAAUUAUGGAGCCAAGCCCGUAGAAGUGGACGUUACGAUGCAUAUUUCAUCCAUAUCCAGCAUGUCGGAAGUGGACAUGGAUUUCACUAUCGAUUUUUAUUUCCGUCAAUUUUGGAAGGAUCCACGAUUAACAAUCGAAACAUUCCCCAGCAAAGUAUCCGGCGAAGAGCAGAUAACCGUAGGUUCCGAAAUGAUGGACAAAAUAUGGAUGCCGGAUACAUUUUUCCCCAAUGAGAAAAAUAGUUUCUUCCAUCAAGCAACUACAAUGAACAAAUUUUUAAGGAUAAAACGUGGAGGAAGUGUAUAUACGUCUGUACGAUUAACAACCACUUUAGCAUGCGAGCUGGAUUUAGCCCAUUUCCCCCUAGAUUAUCAAAAUUGCUCAAUGGAAAUCGAAUCAUAUGGUUAUGCAACUACCGACAUUAAGCUGUUCUGGAAGCGCGAUGUUCGAGUAAAGGACCAAGUCGAAUUCAGUGCCAAGAAAAUCAAAUUACCGCAGUUCAGAGUGCUCAGUGCUACGCCCAAAAGCCGCUUGGAAGGGACAGGGACCGGAGAGUAUUCGCGGCUGUCUUGUGAAUUCAGCUUUUCCCGGCGCAUUGGAUAUUACGUUAUUCAGAUCUAUUUGCCUUCCAGCCUUAUUGUUGUGAUUUCAUGGGUUUCUUUUUGGUUAAGCCGCGAGAGUACACCGGCCCGAGUGUCGCUGGGUGUCACCACCGUGCUAACGAUGACGACUUUAAUGUCCAGCACCAAUUCCCAGCUGCCAAAGGUCAGCUAUGCCAAGGGUAUCGAUGUCUAUUUGGGAACGUGCUUCGUGAUGGUGUUCGCUUCCCUGCUGGAAUACGCCGCCGUUGGCUAUUGUACCAAACGGAUGAAGAUGCGGGCCGCCAAGGCCGGCCGACCCAUGGCACCGCCCGUGGGAUCCGUCAUAACCUCGCACAGCCAUACGGCCGGGUCGCCCACGAAAGCCUUGCAGCAUAUUCUAGGCAGCAACCAUUCCCUGCAACAUCCUCAUACGCAGGAACAGCAACCGUUAACUUGCCGGAAUGCCCUCAGUUCACCGGGUUUGGAUACCCAUGCCGAGAUCGGCUCACGCUAUGCCGAACACGGAUCUUUACACGGCAGGCGAAGCGUGGAGUUUCGCUAUAAAUCGUGGGGGAGCGACCAGUCCGCUCACGCACAUCCUUCGGGAGAUCCCUUUCCUCCGCCACCAGGCAAUGGGCCGGUCGAUAUUGAGACCGGACUCUGUAGAAGCUACAGCUUGCCAAAAGUUACUCCCAAAAAGAAAAGAGAAUUUAAAUCCAGUGAAAUAGACAAAUACAGCAGGAUUUCGUUUCCAUUAGUUUUUGUGGCAUUCAACUUGGCGUAUUGGUUUAUCUACCUUAACAUUAGCGCUCCGCCAGGAUUAGAUUUGGAAGCUAUACAAGACGAGGGCUGAGCCCCCACUGUUGUAUGGAGUACAGUUAUAUACCUGAAUCAAAACGGGUAUCCAUUUAAGCCAAAUUAGAAAUGCUCAAGAACUGAUAAGGAAUCACGCUAAAAGGAAUUACCUCCUGGAAAGAUGGAUAUAAUUAUCUCCUGGAAGAUCAGCUUAUGCACAAGCCUUCCAAACCCGUGGCCAAAUUUCCUCUUUAAAUACUUGAGCCUUUCCGUUAUUUCUGUUUCUUUAAGUAAAUUUUAUUUGGCUCACAAAUUGAUUUUACGAUUUUAAAUCUAAUAGCAGAAAGUAUUAAGCACCGGCUUAUGCUGGUUAAGAUGGAAUACAAAAGAUAUUGUGAGUUUGUUAAUAAUAAGCGCGAGUACAGGAAAACGUGACGCAGAUUUUUCUAUGAUGGAGAUGUCUGGAAAUUCUUGUCUGUAUAGUAAAAAUUAUGGCGUAUAAAUUUGCGG